AGCACAUGUAUAAAGUUUAAAUCUACAAAAAUUCGCAUCGCAAUCAUUCGCUGAGUGUUGGACAGAGCGCAUCACUGGAUCCUCGCCAAGAGUGUUGUUUUUUGCUUAUCACGGUUACUCACAAUCAUCUCACCUGGUGCUCCCGCGCGAGAUCAUUCCGAAGAAGUGAGUUCAAGUUCGAGGUAUUAAUCGUUAUAAAAAUGAAAUACGUGAGUGCAGUGGUCGGUGUCGCCGUUCUGGCCGUCGCUGUCGGUGCAGAAUUUGGCUACUAUGUACCGAAAGCAUUCUACAAGAUUGACGAAAAUGGCUACAGAUCACCACUGACCUACAUCGACAAUCUACGGUCAAUAUUCCAUCGUGCAAAGAGGUCCGCACAACUGGAAGGAGUCAAUUUUGGCUUCCCUCUUCAGUUCCCACAAUUCCCGCAGAUUCCUACGAACGGUCAGGGUAACUUCCACGGUGUACAGUCAAGCAUCACUAGCAACGGUGGAAGCACCAGCGGACUCAACAGCCGUUUCGACACAGACGGACCGAAGGUGCAGAGUACCUUCACAUCGCUCAGCAACAAUAACGGCGAAAUCACCGAGACUACACAUUUCGUGGAUAAGGAUGGCAAAGUGACGACCCACAGGAAGCACUCCAAGCUUGGUAGCCAGUCCCAACAGAACAAACCAGCUUCAUCCUCUUCGUCCUCCAACCCACCGAAAAAAUCCAGAAAGUAAAGCACUGCGAAACGUGAUUAGCGUAGAGCAAAACCGGAUAAAACUAACUGAUACACCUUGCGACACAUCAUCUGAAUGCCGAUUUUUUGAUGGGGGGAUUCCCCGGCUUUGAAACAAAUAACGGUGAGACAUAUUAGAAGAAGAAAAAAAAAUGUUUAAAUUGGUGUUUCUUUUGGGGGUUUCAUGUCACUAAACUCAACCUCGUGCGAUAUUUCGUUUGGCCAUUACAAAUUAACUCUGCUUUCGUGUCAUAAUAUCCACAGCGAAUAGGUUCCGAUUGAAGGAAGAAGAUCGUCUGCUUCCAGCACUAAUUUAUUGUGUGUGUACUGAUUCGUAAAUUUAGAUUUAAGAUUAAUGCUAAGAAUAAAAUCAUCAUCAAAAUAAAUGUGAAUAUGAUAAAAUCUAA